CAGCCGAAGGAGAUCCAGAUCGAUAUGGUCAAUGCGAUCGUGUUUGGCCAGAUGGAUGUUCUCAACAUCGUGCGUACUGGCGAGGGCAAGAGUAUCACCUUCCAGGCGGUCACAAUCAUAACCGGCCUCAUCACCCUUCAGAUCACACCCCUCAACCGCAUUGGCGAUGAACACGCCGAGGAUCUUCGUCGCAUUGCAGAAGCCUCAUCCAGCGGUGGACUCCUGGAAGAACUGGAAGCUGGCGAUCGAACACACUGGAUUGUCGGCCCAGAGACUGCUGCAGAGCCAACCUUUCGCGCGUUGGUCAAGCGUGUGCGCAACAAGAUCGGACUUCUCGUAAUUGACGAGUCUUAUCUUGUAAUGAAGUGGAUUAAGUUUCGCGAGGAGUAUGCCCAGAUUGGUGAGCUGCGCAGCGGCUUGAGGCUAGAUGCGCCGAUGCUGUGCGUGUCGGCGACCAUCUCGGUUGAGACUGAGGCGUUCUUGUUAAGCAGCGACUCGGUGGGUAUGCGUCCAGUCGGCGAUGGAGCGUUCCAUACGCAGGUCAUCCGUGGGAGCAUCGAUCGGCCAGACACCACGUACAUCGUCAAGAACAUCCCUUCGAACGCAGUUGACUACGACUAUCUGUCCUUCCUCGUGCGGAAGGCAGUCGACGACAAUGGCCAUGCCAGCCCUGGCUCGAUGGACAAGGCGCUGGUAUUCAUCGAUGGCCGCACCGCGGUUACCAACUUCUGCAACAUUGUGCGUGGAUGGCUCGUUGAGAAAACGCAGAGCCAGCCACUCGAGCAUCGAUACACGAACGAUAGCAGUGGUGGCCAUGAUGUCGACAAGAUCGUGUCCUUCUACACUGCCCAUGUCGCUCCGCAUGACCAGGACAAGCGAUACAAUGAGUUCAAGAAG